GUUGAAGCCAAAAAUAAAGAUGUGCUCGGAUACGGCCCAGAGGUGCAGAAAACGGUUAAGACCAUCCAGGGAAAGCCGACUCCCGUGCGCAACCUGACGUACCACAACACGACCACCAGCAAGAUAAUAGCAGUUUGGGAAGUACCGGAGCGACCAGCUGGAGUCAUUAAGUAUUACAAUGUUUCUGCCACACAGACCAAAACCAAUGACCUCAAGAAGGAGGACGUAAUCGGCGACACUCAGUAUGAGUUCACGGGUCUGGCAGCCGGGGAAGGCUACACAGUGACGGUAAUUGCCUGCAACGAGAAACAGUGCAGUUAUGAGGAGACUCGAGAGAUGUGGACCCAACCAAACAGACCCCAGCUAACGUCGGAGACGGAGUGGAUAACUGCCUCCCCAUCCACUGUCACUGUAGGACUGCCUUCCCUCUCCCUGGACUCUCCCCCUGUCGUCCUGUGGGUUGUGGUAACCGAGACCGUGGGAGACGAGGAGACUUCACCUGCCAGAGCUGAGGAAGUCAAACGCCAAGCGGUGGACCUGGUUAACAAGACCUCGUCCAGGCUGAAACGGGACCUCAGUGACCAGACGUGGAUUGCUGCUGAAAUUGACUUGAACGGAAUGGGUAAUGAAUUUGUCGUCGGAGAUAACCAAACCCAUGGUGGCUUCUACAAUCAACCCCUGGAGGAGAACGGAAAAUACUGGGUAACCGUAAUAGCCGAGACCAGAGCAGGACCCCACAGAGUGUUUUCAUCUUCAAUCCCAGACUUGUAUAUAGCUGUCACCCCUACUAGUGUUGCUUCAUGGGUUGUUCCUCUGUUACUUCUGGUGAUGGUGUGCUUGACUGUUGCUGGCUACUUCCUAUGGCGCAG